AUGAACUCGAAACUCAUCAUUCUCUUGAUCAUCGCCUCAAUUCUUAUCCACGAAACAUCUGCGCAAUACUACGGUUAUUCAAGUUAUUAUCCAUCAUACUACGGUAGCUACUAUGGAAGUGGAUAUGGUUAUGGAUACGGUGGAUACGGAUAUCCAUCAACAUAUGGAUAUUAUGGUUAUUAUGGAAAACGAUCUGCUGGAUUUGGACCAUCUCAACAACAACAACAACAACAACAAGGACCAUCAAACUAA